AUGGAUCUCCAAAAGAAGACUUUUGUCAAGCAUGACCAUGUGGAAAAUUUGAACGAAACUCAACCCCCACAAGGAUCUGAUCUUCCAAUUUGGAAACAGAAAGAGUUGCGCAAGCUGUACUUAAUGUUCCUAUUUCUAUUCUUGGGAUCGACAACACUGGGUUAUGACGCGAGUCUUCUGAAUGGUUUGCAGACGAUGAAUAGUUGGCAGGCUUUUUUUGACCAGCCGACAGGAUCUCGACUCGGAAUAUUCGGUGCGAUGCCUGGAUUUGGCGGACUUUUUGCUCUGCUGUUCGCACCUUAUAUCGCGGAUGGUUUGGGUCGCAAGCGAGGGACAGCCAUCGGGUGCAUAAUCGUUGUCUUCGGCUCACUUCUUCAAAGCUUUCCCCGGACCGGCAGUGAAUCGAAGAGAGACGCGAUGUAUCUGUGUGGGCGAUUCAUAAUGGGAAUCGGCUCGAACAUCUCCAACGGAACCUGUCCGCUUUUAAUCACCGAGAUUGCGCAUCCUCGGCACCGCGGCAAAGUCACCACGGUAUACAAUACUCUGUGGUACGUGGGCAGUAUACUUGCGGCUUGGGUUUGCUUUGGGACACUGCAGCACCAGAUCGGAAAUAUUCAGUGGGUUUUGCCUACCGCAUUUCAAUGCCUGAUGCCAGGUGUUCAACUUCUUGCUAUCUGGUUCGUCCCUGAAAGCCCUCGAUGGCUUAUAAGCAAAGAUAGGUGCGAAGAGGCUCGCGAAAUUUUGAUCAAAUACCACGGUAAUAAUGACCCGAAUGACGAGUUUGUUCGAUGGGAGUUUUCAGAAAUCGCAAAUACGUUGAGAUUGGAAAAUGAGUCUUCAGGGAGUGGCUGGCUCGACAUGGUGAGGACGAAGGGAAAUCGGAAACGAUGUGCCUUGAUUAUUGCAACGGCGAAUUUUUCUCAAUGCAGCGGCAACGGCCUUUCCUAUAUUAACGGUGGUCUUACGAUAUGGUGUUGGCUUGUUUCCUUGGGAGCUUCUUUUCUCGUUGAUCGAGCCGGUCGCCGGGUGCUUUUCCUCUUCGCCGGGGUUGGGAUGCUAAUAUCCUUUAUCAUUUGGACGGCUUGCAGUGCAGUAUACGCAAAGACAGAAUCAACUGCUUCCGGUACUGCAGUCAUUGCGAUGAUAUUUCUUUUCUAUGGGGUCGCGGGAGCAGCGUGGCCUGGACUCACAGUGUCAUACACCAUUGAGAUUUUACCAUACAAUAUUCGCGCCAAAGGUCUCACAUUGUGCUUUUUUUUCACGGCUCUCAGUGGCGUUUUUAAUCAGUGGGUCAAUCCACUAGGCCUUGAAAGUCUGCACUGGAGAUUUUAUUUUGUUUAUAUUGCUGUUCUCGUGUUGGAGUGUUUGAUCAUAUUUUACUUCUUCCCUGAAACCAAAGGACCUACCCUGGAAGAAAUUGCCGUGAUUUUCGAUGGCGAGCAAUCCGCGGCUGGGAUUGCGCAGGCCAAGGCAUUUGAGAAGGUUAUCGCUCAUCGGGAUACUAAGCAGGAUGCAUGA